CAUGCAUAUUAUAGCAGAACAGUGGUGCUAAGGCUACUUGAAAAAAAAUACAAAUCUUUGAUUAUUGCAUCUGUUGAGCAGUGUGUUUCCUAUCUUGAAACUUGUGAAUCAGUGGUUGAUAAAACAGGCAGGUUUAAUUCUUCCUCUACAUUGCAUAAUGGUAAUAAACAGAAGAAUUUUUACACUGGAAAAGAAUUGCAGUAUAUAUAUUUUGUUCAUUCCCUGAGCCUCUUAGGAAGAUUGUUGAUAUAUAAACAAGGCAGAAGACUUUUUCCUAUUCAGCUGAAAAACAGAAAAGAUUUGAUGUCCUUGACAGACCUUGUCGUAAUGUUUACUCGUCUUAUCUAUUGCGCCCCAAAUUGUCCAAAGACUCUUACAGUGCAUUCAGGCAAUUAUUCUCCAGCAGGCCUUAUUACUGAUGUGCUUGGAAUUCUUUGUGAGAGAAAAGAAUGUGCAACUGAAUGUCUAUAUACUAAUACAGUGAUAGAAGCACUUCUUCAGCCAAUACAUUAUUUACUGAAUGGAACAGAGGUGCAUCUAAAUUCUCCUGAAACAACUCUAAUACAUAUAGCCGAUAUUUGGCAAGGAUUGCUGCUGCAGAUGAUUGGUCUUUCACUCCUACUCUAUGGAGGAGAGAAGCCCUCUGCCAUGGAGGGUGGUAGCCUUAGGGGUGCACAUACUAUCGUUCAGUUUACAAAGAAGCUUCUUGAUGAAGACAUUUCUGUUCUUUCUGGGUCUGAGAUGUUGCCAGUGCUCAAAGGUGCUUUCAUUGUAUGCCACCAGAUGUAUAGUACUUGCGAAGGCUUAGAGGUGUUGCUACCUUACCAUUUACAUGGAUCUAUUUCUGAGGCUUGGAAAAAGACUAGUUUGCUUUCGGAGAGAAUUCCAACGCCUGUCGCGGGGGCAGAUUGUGUAUCAUCAGCAAGUCAAGAAUCACAGAGCUUUAUUGUACUGGAAGAGACGUUGUUGGAUGACUUGCUAAAUUUUGCAGCUACACCUAAAGGGCUUUUGCUGCUGCAGAAGACAGGAACAGUAAACGAGUGUGUGACUUUCAUGUUCAACAGGUUCACAAAAAACCUCCAAGUUUGUGGAUUUGAAAAGUUUGGCUAUGGAGCAAUUGUAUCGCAAGUAGCUGCAACAGCUGCAGGUGCUAUAGCUCUACAGAGUUCAGGAUUUAUAAAAGCACUUGUUACCGAAUUGUGGGGUGUUCUAGAGUGUGGAAGAGAUGAUGUCCGAGUAACUCAUCCCAGAUCAACACCAGUUGAUCCCAUUGAUCGGAGCUGUCAGAAGUCUUUUCUAGCUCUGAUAAACUUGUUAUCCUACCCUGCUGUUUACGAACUGAUAGGUGAUCAAGCGAUACCUAAUAAACCAGAAUAUUCUCUCCGUGAAGUUCCUACAGAUAUUAUAGAUAUCAUUGACAGGCUUAUAAUUGUGAACACAGAAGCUAAAAUUCAUUCAUUGUUCAAUUAUGAGCAGUCUCAUAUCUUUGGCCUGAGGUAAGAUACUAAAUUUUCUGAUUCACUUAAGGUAAAAUAAUCAGCUAGUUUCUUCUGUUCUGCAGUGCUGACUUGGUAAAAUGCUUAUGAAUCUGGCCAAUAUGAGGAUGCGGGUAGAGGUAUCUGUGAGUGAAAUAUACAGGUUGAGUGCUGUAUGGCAAUGAAACCCAAUAUACAGUCAGGGAAAUUAGACUAUGCACAAAGGAAGUAUUUCCCCUAGACAACAUGUAUUGUACCCGUUCAUAUGAGGCUUAGAGAUAAUCCUCUCAACGCAAAUCUUUGGUGUCCCCACCCCCACCCCCACCCCAUUAUAUUGUUUAUUAUAGGUUGCUUUUGGAGGUUGGAACUCUUAGCUGCUUGGGAUGCAGUCUACAAUUUUUGCUGUGCUGACACAAUAGAAAGAACUUAGGCACUUAAACCGUUACUCCUUGCUGUCUCUUGUUGGAUGAGGAAAGAAAUAGGAUGCUGAAAUUUUAAUCAAGAGCUGCAGUGGUUUUGACUGAUGUUUUGUAGCUAAUUGGCUGUAUACAGUCUUGGAUCUUUGAAUGUCAGGGGUUUACUGUGCCUGGUUUGAUGAGCACAACCUUUCUGUUACUUAUUUUAUUUAAAAAGCAU